GUUUGAUUGGAUUCUUUGUCGCUUUUGGAGUCAUUAUGGGGAAAAUGGGUGAAAAAGCCAAGCUGAUGUUGGAGUUUUUCAACGUCCUAAAUGAGAUUAUCAUGAGGCUUGUUGGUGCAAUUAUGUGGUACUCUCCUAUUGGUAUUGCCUGCCUCAUCUGUGGAAAGAUCAUCUCCAUCAACGACUUGGAGGUGGUUGCGCGGCAGUUGGGGAUGUAUAUGAUCACUGUCAUAGUAGGCCUCAUCAUCCAUGGCGGCAUCUUCCUACCGCUGAUAUAUUUUGUGAUAGUAAAAGAAAACCCUUUCACGUUCUUCAUGGGAAUAUUCCAAGCUUGGGUCACAGCACUUGGAACAGCGUCCAGUGCCGGGACCUUGCCUGUCACGUUCCGAUGCUUGGAGGAAAACCUGGGCAUCGACAAGAGAGUAACACGCUUCGUCCUUCCAGUGGGUGCCACCAUCAACAUGGACGGCACAGCUCUUUACGAGGCUGUGGCUGCCAUCUUCAUCGCUCAGAUGAACGGGAUUGUCCUGGACUGGGGCCAGAUUGUUACCGUCAGUAUGACAGCCACCCUGGCCAGUGUCGGAGCUGCCAGUAUUCCCAGUGCUGGACUUGUGACCAUGCUUCUGAUCCUCACGGCGGUGGGGCUGCCCACUCAGGACAUCAGCCUCCUGGUUGCUGUCGACUGGCUGCUGUAA